CUGACAAGUUCAUUGCCUAUAGCAUUUUCGGAUAACAUCAUGCGGGAGUGUAUCAAUGUACACAUUGGACAAUGUGGUGUUCAAACAGGAAAUGCGUUCUGGGAGUUAUUAUGCUUGGAACACGGUGUCCAACCAGACGGUAUGAUCAUGACGGAAGGUGUUUCUGACGAGAGGGAUACAUCGUUCAAUCCGUUUUUUUCCGAAACUGGUGCUGGUAAAUUGGUCCCACGGGCGGUUAUGUUGGAUUUGGAGCCAACAGUUCUGGAUGAAGUGCGAACCGGUGCCUAUCGGAAAUUGUUCCACCCUCAACAGCUCAUCUCAUCUAAAGAAGACGCUGCUAACAAUUACGCUCGUGGUCACUAUACUCUUGGGAAAGAUGUGAUUGAUUACACAAUGGACCGAAUACGAAAACUGGUUGACCAGUGUGAUGGACUACAGGGUUUUUUAUUCUUCCACUCAUUUGGUGGAGGAACCGGAUCAGGGUUCACAUCUUUACUGAUGGAACGAAUUUCGGUUGAUUACGGGAAAAAAUCUAAACUUGAGUUCGCUGUCUAUCCAUCCCCAAGAACCUCCACAGCCGUCGUAGAACCUUACAAUUCGCUACUGAACACACAUUCAACUUUGGAAUUGACAGACUGCGCAUUCAUAGUAGACAAUGAGGCGUUAUUCGAGGUGUGUCGGCGAAAUUUAGAUAUCGAUCGACCUUCCUAUGUCCAUAUUAACCGGUUGACCGCCCAGGUUGUCAGUUCGGUUACGGCCGCUCUUCGGUUCGAUGGUUGUCAAAAUGUGGACCUCACGGAGUUCCAAACCAACAUUGUGCCUUAUCCACGAAUCCACUAUCCGCUGGUCUCCUUCGCCCCGACCAUUUCAGCUGAAAAGGCGUUUCACGAAAGGCUCUCGACACACGAAGUCACAAAUGCUUGUUUUGAUCCAAUGAACCAAUUAGUCAAAUGCGAUCCUCGCCAUGGAAAAUACAUGGCUUGUUGUUUACUGUAUCGUGGUGACGUAAUUCCUCAGGAAAUUCAUCGAACAAUCGAAGAACUCAAAGGCAAACGGAAUAUACAAUUUGUCGACUGGUGCCCGACCGGCUUUAAAGUGGGUAUUAACUUUCAACCUCCUACCGUAGUUCCUGGUGGUGAUAUGGCUAAAACUCAGCGCGCUGUUUGUAUGCUUGCCAACACUACCGCCAUUGUUGAAGCCUGGAUCAGGUUAGAUCACAAAUUUGACUUACUUUACUCGAAACGGGCGUUUGUACACUGGUACGUUGGUGAAGGUAUGGAUGAAGGGGAGUUCACUGAAGCACGUGAAGAUUUGGCCUCUCUAGAAAAGGAUUAUGAGGAGGUUGGAUUUGACAGCGUAAUCCCCGAUGAUGUUGAUGAAGUGGAUUGCUGA